CUUCUCCGCAGUGUGGACGCACCCACAAGAACUCAAACUGGUUCCCGGGUUGGGACUUGGGACACUCACACAUACAAGAGUACAAUUUUGACUUCCGACACGACACCUUAUUUUCACAAUUUCAUACAUAUGCACGGACAUACCGAUACGCCACUCUCUCCCUCUCUCUCUCUGCCCUAACCUUUUGACCUUCCCACCAUGCACAUCCUUGGCAUCUCCAGUCACGCGCCUACUUUAUCUUCCCCACUCCAGUACUCACAGUCACACAUCCUUCAUUGAUUCCACUACUACCCACACUCUCAAAAUUUCAAAUUCUCUCUCACUCUCUCUGUGUAUAGAUCUGUGUCUGUGAUGGAGUUCAAGUUUAGAGCUGUUGAUGACCGACCACCACCACCACCACCACCGCAUCCCACCGCUCCUUCCACCUUCAACUACGUCUCCAAACAAGCUUUGAGAGCAAAUCCUAUAUCAGUAUCAGCUGGAUUUUCAACCACCAGUCCGAGACCAAACUUGGAGCAAAUUCAAAACCCUAAUGACACCCGGGAAGCAAUAGUACAGCGUGAGCUGGAGAAGGCGCGGAUUAGAGAGGAAAUAAUUGCAGCCGAGAUAACUCGGCGUAGACUGCUCGAAGCGGAGGUGAGGAGGGAGCUGAUGAUAGAGCGAGAGAUGGCAUUGCGGAGGCUCUCAGCUGAGGGCAGGAUUUCGUUCGAGUAUGGACUGUCAAUGCACGCAUUUGAUGGUGGCUUUGCAUUUCCCAGUUGUAUCAACACAUUUGAUAUGUUUCCAAUGCUGCCACCGCCAAGGUUACCGGAAGCUAUGCCAGUCGAUGUCAGGGCCCCAUCGGAGACCAACAAGGAUAAGUUGAUUGUACUGGCUAAGCCCACUCCAAAUAUUUCUGGAGCAAAGCGGAAAGCUGAAACAGCAUCUGCAGGGGACACUAGUGAGCUCCCACCUUUUGGUUUAAAGAAGAGACCCAAGGAGGAGUGGAGUUGUGCUAUCUGUCAGGUUAGUGCCUUAAGUGAGAGAGCUUUGAAUGAACACCUUCAAGGUAGGAAGCACAAGGCCAAGGAAGCAGGGCUUAGAGCUCAGAGAACGGGCAGGAGUACCAGCUCUACACCAUCAACAAAAAAAGCUACAAUGCAUUCAAAGCUUACAGAGAGCCCUGAUUUUGGGACCUCAGGACAGGAGGCAAAAGUAGAAGGGAAAUCACUUAAGCAGAAUGAAACUGGGGUUGAUUCAGGCCAGAAAAUGGAGAUGACAGGAUGUUUGAAGAGUAAAAAUCAGCGAGUUACACUGCCAGAAAACCAAACUGCAGAAGAUUCUGAGAAGACAAACAGUACAAAAGCAGAGCAGGGAUCUGCUAAAACAGAAGGGUUUGAAAGGAACAAGAUGUUUAAGUUUUGGUGUGAAAUGUGUCAAAAAGGUGCAUACUCUCGAGUAGUGAUGGAGACUCAUAUAAAGGGGAAGAAGCACAGGGCUCGGCUUCAGAAACGUGGUCAAAAAGAUGGAGUUGUCAGUACAGCAUCAUCUGGUUCUGCUCAAAAGGCACAAGAUACAAAUUUGGUAGCUGAAAAAACAAGUCAGUCACAUGCUACUCAAAAGGCAAAAGGUGUAGCAGAUGUUAUGGCCAAAGAAGCAAUUAAGAGGACACCAGUAAUUGUUAUUGUAGAUGCAGAUUAAUCAGGUUCAUAUCCAGUAUGAGAUUCAGGUUUGGGGUUGCGACUAUGGUUCUGUUUAACUUGUGAAAUAUAUCUGUUCAAUUUAGACCCUGUAUUUUACUUGUUAGUCCCUAAGUUUGGUCAGUUUCCAUUUAGGACAACUGUCAUUUGUUAACCCGACAGACUAAAUGAUGAUUACAUUGUUUCUGACUCUCUCUACUCUCUUAGUAAGUCAAAUUCCUACUUA